AUGAACGCUGAGCGUCUGCCUUGGGAGUUGGCAUUGGAUCACCUGUCCCUCGCUCGCAGGUCAUCCAUUAGGUCCAACGACAGCAGCAUCCCCUCCCGAGAUCGCCCCGAAAGCAUGCACAAUUUUGGAAAGAGCUUCUUCCAUCGCCGAGGCAAAUCCAAGCGCGAAAGUAGUGCCCAGAUCUCGUCUGCUAGCUCACUAUAUUCGGGAGAAACGACUACUGAAAAUCCCGGUAGCGGAGGACGAGAAGGACUCAUCCCGUCCAUUUUCUCCAGGAGAAGACCAUCUCGAGAUGAAGCGGCCCGGAGACGACCAUAUAUUUCAGGCCCUUUCAACUUCCAGCACGUCACCCACACCCGGCGAGAUACCUUGGCCAAUAGCUUGCUUUACGUGAACGGCUCCGCGGCAUGGGACGAAAGGUUCACCGGCGAACCUGGAACAUACCCGUCUUGUGCUGGUGAGGUGUCGUCGGAAUCUGUCCAUGAUGUGUACCAAGAGCAAACCUCUGGAGCUGUCUCUCGCCCGCCUCUAGUGCCUCGCCAUGCCCCCCCUUCCUCAAGGCGCCGACGGGUUUUAGGGCAUAUUCGGUCACCAGAACAAGUGCGGGAAAAAUCGUCACAACCCCCUCCUCGGCCUCCCAGAUCGCCAGUCCAGGCCGACGGCUUUUCUCCAUUUGGUCCGCUGCUACCUUGUCGAGUUGAUAGCCGACAAUCCAGCUAUCAAGAUAUCACAGACGCCAUCAACAUGAAUGCAGAUGCCAGGACCAAGGCAAAAAACGAAGUCCGCCAACCAUUUCCUUUCGGCUAUACGACUUCCCCUGAACAUGUAAUCAAUGAUUUCAAGGCUUAUGAAUCAAGCCUCAUCCGGACGCAAGACCAAUCCUCAUCUGUUGACAACCGCCACCCCCCUGUUUUGCCGGGUGCUCGGGAUUCCACUUGGCCACUAGCAAUUUCAGCGCCUGUAUCGUACGAAACGCUACCCGAUGUUCCUGAGGAAGGAGAGCAGCAGUACGGCAUCUCGAGACCACCGAGGCUUAGCCUUGCAAGCAAUAAAUCAUCUCUCCGUGGCAGCCAAUCUGCUCCGACAUUGCGAUCAGAGACCGGAUAUUCGAGGCCAACAAGUGUUGUUUCAGAGACACUUGGAGACCUGGGUAUCGUGGGAUUGGAUCGCGACGUUUAUGAUGAUCCCCAAUGUCCGGUUCACUCUGGGAGGCCGACAAGAGAGAGCUGGGAGGAUCUCAUAGACUAUUGCUAUGAGCAUGAAGCAGAAGCUAACUGUGACUACGAAUGGGAUCGUCCUUCAUUGGACACUGCUAGAGACACCAUGACUCCGCCCGGAAAGAUAGCGGCACUGAAUGAGAGCGGGAUUAAGCCUGCGUCUAAUGAGAUGCUGUCGGCCGACAGCCACGAUUCUCCAUCCUUCCUAGGGCAGGAUGCACCACCUCUCAGCCCGGCUAGUUUUUGGUCAACUCCCGUGGAGCAUGAGGUCGUCACGCCGAAUUCCGCUGUUACGAGCAAUUUUUCUCUGCCCAGGUGUGACAGAAAGAGUGUUCAUCAUCCCCUUAACAUCAAAGACGACAGACUCGUCUCUGGUUUUUCCACAUUCAAGGAAUCUCAAGCAUUUAUGCCGUCCCCCUCCUUCCCCUUCCCCAGGGAUUAUCAACAGCAAAUGCCGUCGAGUGAAACCGAAAAACAGGCCUACCCUGAUUUUGAUCUAGUCGGUGAACAUUUUGAUCAGUCUGGCUUGCAUGAGAAUACGAACUUAUUGACAGGAACUCACGGGUCCUCUCCAUUGAUAGAUCAACGUUGCAGCACCUCAACCAUGGAGACCAAUUCCACAUCUCGCUCAAACUCUACUGGGAGGCAGUAUAGAUCGACCAACUCGUCUUGGACGACGCUUGCUCGGUGCACCGCAAGUAGCUCCUCGCUUAAUAAGAUGGCAGGACCAUUUACCGACGAGUCUGAACCACUACCUACAGCUCAGCCUCGAGCCCUUGACCAAAAUGAACCAGAGUGGGCUGAUGCAUAUCCGCCGCCUCAAAAUCAUGUUCCAGACAUGAUCCCAACUCUGGCGAAUGGGCUCAGGGAAUAUUGCCACAAAAGCCAUGCUAGCGAGUCCCAAGUUCUUGAUGAAGUGCCUCCCGAUUUCUCGACAGAGAAUCUCAAGUCGGUCCUUCUGAGAGCCAGAACCACAAGUUUGGGCGCUCAAUCUCCUUCUCCGGCCGGACAGUUUGCAGCAUUCUCGCAAACACAAGUUACAGUUACAGGAGAACACAUUGAAACCAGUACAUCGUUAUAG